GCUGUCUCUGUCUCCACUGUUUCUAGAAGUCCUGACUGAAAGAUAUCUAAAACAAAUGAAAAAGAAUCGACAAAUGCUUCAAAUAAAAGUUAAACGAGUACUGCAAUCUCACUUCCGCCGUGCCUUUGCUUGCGACAACUAGUGUAAUAUCUAACCUCAAAAUGGUUUAAACAAAACUCAUAAAAAUUCUGUUCAAACUACGCAACUUUUAAGUACACUUAAUCUUGCAUUUAUCACGAAUAAACUCGUAAGACCAAAAACUGUGGAAAUCGAACAGCGAAACUACUUCAGGAACGCUUUAAGUUUUUAUUAUAUUAUGACUCGGUUCGCCAGAGCUAAAGGAUCUAAGGCAUCGAACGAAAGACUACCGAACGAAGCCACUCCGUGGCAUGUAAUGAAACAGCAAUUACAAGAGAAUUUAUCCAAGACACAAGAAUCCUCAGAGAAAACUAAAUCCGCUAAACAGUUAUUAGAAACUGUUGCCAAAGGGAACGAUUCUAAAGUUUCAAACUCGUGGGCGGAAUUCCCAGAGAAUUCUGAAAACAAGAAAUCAAAGAAGAACAAGAAAGGAUUGAAUAAAAUUCAAGGAGGAAAACACGAAGAGGAAAAGUCUUUAAAUAAACCAGAAGGGAAUACUAAAUCCAAAAAGAGAAACAUAAACGAAACUGGAGAUUCAACGCCAGGGAAAACCAAAAAACAGAAACUAAACAAAACUAAGAAUACAGAAAAGAACGAUACAAGUAUUGAAAAUGGAACACAGAAAAAUACUGCAACGGAAAGAACAGAAACCAAUGCGAAAGAUAAACAGAAAAGUGAAGACACUACUUCACAGGAUAAUAGUUACAGUUCUACUCAUAAGAAUGGUAACUACAAACGUGAAGAGGAUAAAUCAUUGCAUAAACCAGAAGGGAAAACCAAAAAACGAACACUAGACAAAACGAAGAAUAUAGAAAAGAAUGAUAGAAGUAUUGAAACUGAGCCACAGAAAAAUACUACAAAAGACAGAAUAGAAUUCAACGCGAAUAAACAGAAAAACAGAAACACUAUUUCAGAGGAUAAUAAUUACAAUUCUACUAACUCAAACUCAGUUCUAACUUCAAACAUCAAACGCGAAUUUAAUAAAGAUUUUCCAAGAGGUUCAAACCUUUUUCAGAACAAAUAUAAAGCAAAGAAGUUUAAUAAAAAACCAGCAAAGAUUCGCGACGAUAAGGUUCACAAAAGACGCAAACCAGACUUGGGAUCAUCAAAAAUAAUGAUCAACGGUAUGGAAGUAGAGAUCGUAAAGUUCGACGGUUUCCCAGUAAAAAAGGAGGACGCGGAGAGACUGACAGAAUUGAAACAAAAAAUGAUCAUGAAAGGUAUUCCUAAAAAGGAAGUAGACGCGGCGAUGAAGCUGGAGCGGAGGAAGGCGGAGAAGGCGUUAACCAGGAUAAAAAAAUGCGUCUGCUUCCACUGUCGCAAGGCUGGCCACAAUCUCUCCGAUUGUCCAGAGCUAGGAUCCGAACGAGCCGCCACUGGGAUCUGCUUCAAGUGCGGCUCUACAGAGCACACGCAUUUCGAAUGCCGAGUAUCGAAGCCAACGGAAUUCCGAUACGCGACUUGUUUCAUCUGCCGGGAGCAGGGGCACAUCGCAAAACAAUGCCCAGACAAUCCUAGAGGAGUUUAUCCCCAAGGAGGCGCUUGUAAAGUCUGCGGCGACGUGACGCAUUUAAAAAAAGAUUGCCCGGACUUGAUCAGAGAAAAAGAAGAGACCGCCGUGACGGUGGACACGAUCGCGAAUGGGAAUUUAGAAUCGUUGGAAGAGAAGACGCAGAGUACAGAAAAAGAACGAGAGAAGCCGAAGAGAAUAAUAAAAUUCUGAUAGACUUCCCGUUGUACAUACAUGCUUUCUUUUUUCAAUAAAUGUCGUUACUAAUGUAAA